AUGGCGCUUCAGCUAGCGUGCAAGGCGACCUCCAGGGCCUGCAACAAGGCGGGGAUUGCGAUGCUCUUUGGCUUGGCGGGAGAAGUGAACUCCACAGGCGACGACCAGAAAAAGUUGGAUGUGCUCUCCAACGAGAUCUUCAUCGAUGCUUUGACCAACUGCGGCGCUUGUGCUGUUCUGGUCUCUGAGGAGAACGAGGAUCCGAUCUUCGUCCCGGAGGACAAGGCGGGUCGCUUUGUGGUGGCCUUUGACCCCUUGGAUGGGAGCAGCAACAUCGACUGCAAUGUCAGCACAGGCACCAUCUUUGCCGUCUACGAGAAGAAGUCGGAGAAGAACGCCACGGUCAGCGACAUCUUGCGCACUGGAAAUGACAUCCUGGUUGCAGGCUACUGCAUGUACGGAGCGGCGACCGAGCUAGUCAUCUCCUUCAAAGGCCAUGGUGUGCAUCGAUUCACCCUGGACCCAUCUUUGGGCGAGUUCGUGCACAUCCAGGCACAUGUGCAGCUCCCAGAGGGAGGUGGAAAGAAGAUCUAUAGCUGCAAUGAAGGCAAUAGCCGGAAUUGGGACGCAGCGAUCAAGGGCAUCAUCGGCAAGUGGAAGGACAGCGACAAGCCCUACGCUGCGCGAUACGUGGGAUCGAUGGUGUCCGACGUACACCGGACCAUCCUCUAUGGCGGAGUCUACUUGUACCCAGCAGAUGCCAAGUCUAAGCAUGGCAAGCUUCGGGUUCUCUACGAGGGCUUCCCGAUGGCCUUCAUCAUGGAGCAAGCAGGUGGUGCAGCUUCCUGUGGCAUGUUCAAAGGUGCCUCGAUCUUGAGAACAUUGGGAGGCUAG